AUGGCUGGGGUUAUGCAGAAGUUCCUUGUUGCAUCAAUGUUCAUGUGGAUUCUCCCUAUUGCAAUAUUAUAUGGAUUCAACAAUAAUUUGCUUCCUGGUUCAACAACAUUAUCUCCACAUUCUCUAACACUAGUGAGUGGAUUUCUUGCGGUGGUAUCAGUCAAUGUACUGAUUGUGUUUUACAUCUGUCUAGCCUUGAAAGAACCUGCAGCUAAACACAAGCCAGACGCUUCAUUUGUCGCAGAGGCCAAAGACAGUGUGAAGAAAUUGACAUCAGGAGUCACAAGUACUGACCCGGCGCUCAAGAAACAAGAGUAA